AAUCAGCUGUGCCCAAUCACAGCUGAUCGCAUAGGGGACAUUUACACUUAUCAGGGCACUGAUGAUCAGUGUAGCCCCAGCAGUGCCACCUGUCAGUGUCCAUCAAUGCCACCUGCCAGUGCCCAUCAAUGCCACAUCAGUGCCUACCAGUGCACAUCAAUGCCACAUAUCAGUGCCCAUCUGAGCUGCCUUUCAGUGCCACCUAUCAGUGCCCAGUCAGUGCCACAUAUCAAUGCCCUAGUCAGUGCCACCUAUCAGUGCUGCAAAUCAGUG